CUGUAUCCUUGGGGAACUGUUUACAAAGAAGCCUAUUUUUCAAGCCAAUCUGGAACUGGCUCAGCUUGAAUUAAUCAGCCGGCUCUGCGGGAGCCCCUGCCCGGCGGUGUGGCCAGAUGUCAUCAAGUUGCCCUACUUCAACACUAUGAAACCGAAGAAGCAAUACCGAAGGCGCCUGCGCGAGGAGUUCUCCUUCAUUCCAACGUCCGCUCUCGACCUGCUGGACCACAUGCUGACACUAGACCCCGGCAAGCGCUGCACAGCCGAGCAGGCCCUGCAGAGCGACUUCCUUAAGGACGUCGACCUCAGCAAAAUGGCACCUCCGGACCUUCCCCAUUGGCAGGACUGCCACGAGCUGUGGAGCAAGAAACGCCGACGGCAGCGGCAGAGCGGGAUCGCAGUGGAGGAGCCACCGUUAUCAAAAGUUUCUCGGAAAGAAACUACCUCUGUUACAAGCACAGACACUGUCAAAAACAGCAGCAGCCCUGUGCACCCACAGCCUGCCCAGCUCAAAGCGGAGGCUGGGGCCGGAGAUGCAGUAGGCCUCGGAGAAAUCACCCAGCAGCUGAAUCAGAGCGAGCUGGCUGUUCUACUCAACUUGCUGCAGAGCCAGACUGAUCUGAGCGUCCCACAGAUGGCCCAGCUGCUGAACGUACACUCGAACCCUGAGAUGCAGCAGCAGCUGGAGGCUCUCAACCAGUCCAUCAACGCGCUGACGGAAGCCACGACUCAGCAGCACGAGUCUCGGGCGGCAGCGGCAGAGGAAGGCAUACGCCCGUGGAGGCAGCUACCGGAGGAGCCGGCGACUCCAGAAACAGCCAGCGCUCAGGGAGAUAUGCAGAACGUGCUGGCCGUUCUGCUGAGUCAGCUGAUGAAGAGCCAGGAACCCGUGCUAACCCUGGAGGAGAGCAAUGGGGAGAAGAACAGUGAGCAACGGGGGCCGAGGAAAACCCCGACCGUGCAUCCCGAGGACGGCACAGAGAAGAGACCCCCCGAGCCCCCCGGACCGCCGCCUCUGCCACCUCUCUCCGAAGGCGAUCUCUCCCAAGAGUUGAACCCGGCCAUGACGGCCGCGCUGCUCCAGCUUUUUUCCCAGCCGGAAACGGAGUCGCUUGGCCACCCGACGCAGGAACACCAAGCCACGAGAGCGGCGGACUACGGCAGGUCCCACUCCUCCAGGACUUACAGCGCCGAGGGCUCAGAGGGGGGAUUUGGUGCCGAGGAGCUGAAUUCGGCCCAGACGCUACUCGAACCCUCUGCCCAGCCUCUGGGGAAAAGCAGGACCUUCUUGGGCUCCGUGAGCCACCUCGGGGAGACGAGCAGUUACCAGGGCACAGGAUCUGUCCAAUUUCCAGGGGACCAGGACCUCCGCUUCGCCCGAGUCCCCGUCGCCAUACCCUCGCUCGGGCAACCUUUCGCGAAAACCGAGGGGAGCAACAACGCCUUGGUACAUCCGGAGGCCAAAAACCAGAACUACGGCGAGUUGGGAGCGGGAAGCGCCGGUUCCAGCGGGACGGGAACGGCUCACAGUUGGGGUGCCCCAACCCAGGCCGCUGCUUCUUACGGGAAGGCGUACCGUGGGCCUGGCCGAGUGCCUCCGCGGGGGGGUCGGGGGAGAGGGGUUCCGUACUGA